AUGAACACCUUCACCAACGCCGUUUCGGCUUUGGCUCUCGCCUCUGCAGCUACUGCUCAGUAUGCUCUUCCCGCAAAGGAUGUUCCUUUCAUCGGUGGAAAUGUCUUCAAGAGGAAUGACUCGGCCGUCGCCAGCUUUCCCUUCUCCUAUACUCCUCCUUUCGAGGCGAACCAGUAUGGUGGUUACUACACCUGGUCGGUGAACAACGAGACUGUUAGCGGCACCAACUUCACUGGCUAUGGCACUAAGGAGGGUUAUCUUCUUCCAGACGGUGCGACUGGCAAGUACCCUUACUUCCAAGUCAGCGAGGGUCAUCCCAAGACCAUCAGCAAGUCCAAGCUCUUCACCAAUUGCCCUGGAUCGGGUCAGUGUGAGGGCAGGUUCAAGAAGAUCCUCCACAUCAUUUUUGAGAACGAGGUCUACGACUGGACCAUGGGUCAGGCCUACUGGAAGCUGCUCGCUACCCGUGGCAAGCUGCUCACCCGUAGUUAUGCUAUCACCCACCCAUCCCUGCCCAACUAUGCUGCUAUAGUCGCCGGCGAUUUCUUCGGUAUGGCCCACGAGGAUUUCUAUAAUGUGAACGCCAGCAGCAUUUACGACCUCCUCGAUGCCAAGAACGUCUCCUACGGUACUUACGCCGAGUGGUACAAUCCCAUCGCCACUCACCGUGGCCCGAACGACUGCAACAACUACAUCACGAACGGCCCGGUCGACAACACCAACCCCGAUUGGUGGUCUCAAGUCUACCGUCGUCUCGACGUCCCAGCUCUGCUGUUCAGCUCUUACACUAGCAGUUACGAGCGCUGCAGCAAGAUCUACGGCGCUAACACCACCUUCGCCGAUCAUGUCAUGUCCCACACUCUGCCAGAGUACUCCUACUACGUUCCGGAUAUGCUUAACAACGCCCACGACCCUACCUCCAACAGCAACUACUUCAACCAGCCGAACACUGGUGGCGAGUGGCUCAACUCCUUCUUGGAUUUGUACCUGCCCCAUCUCGAAGCUCAAGGCACUCUGGUUGUCGCUACCUUCGACGAAGCUACCUGGUGGAACGACGAUGACGCCUCGCCUAACAAUGACAACCACAUUGCGACUAUCCUGUUUGGCGCUGGAGUCACCCCCAACACCACCGACGACAGCUACAUCACCUUGUACGGUAUGCUGCGAGGUGCCAUCCAGAACUUCGGUCUGGGCUCGCUCGGCCGUAACGACACCAACGCUACCAAUGGUAACCUCUUCGACCUGGUCGACUCGGCUGACUCCAAGAAAGCUAAAUUGUGGGGUGAGGUCCAUGGCAAUGAUGAGAAGCCUUGA